UCCUUCGCUGUUUGAGGGGUUGAGGUUUAUGUUAAAUCUCGUGGCCUCUACCUCAUAAAUAUUUAUUCUUCAUGUGGCCUCGUUGUUAUUGUAAGGAUAAUGAAUGUUGAAUGAGGUAAAGUCUUCAGUCUCCACCACGUGCUAAAAUUCUCUCAUGUAUGAAAGGAAGGAGAGCGGCAAAUCCGUGGGUCCCGAGUCGCUUCAACAGGGGCUAGAAUAUUGUUAGAUUUUUUAACAGCCAUUUAAUAUUUAUCAAUUGAUUGAAUGACACUGUCAAGUGUUAUUUCUUGAAAAAGUGUUUACUUACUAUAACUAUUCUUAGUGGUUACUUACUUAAUUUCAUAAGUAGUUACUUACUAUAUUCUGUCGUACGUUGAUUUACUAGUGAAAAUAGAAACUAUUCAAAAUGCCAAAUCGUAUCAGACUACCUCUUUAAAUAUGGUACGAACCGUUAAUACCUUCUGCUUCAUCUAUCACCCACAAUUGUAGGAUCCGACGGCGUCUUCAAACCAAAACACGUAAAUUAGCACACAACUAUAUAUAUAUAUAUAUUCAGAUGGCAGCGAUCCAGUGACCGCUUUUAGAAAAAAAUCAACUUAUCACUCGUAAAUUUCUUUACACUGUAAUAUGCCCUGUCUCACACGUCACUUCAUUUAAUAAUGCUUUGUACCAAUAACGAAUGGUUUUUUAUGGUAUUCAAAAUUAAAUUUACACAUUGAAAGUCGUAUUUCUUAUAGAAUAAUGAAUGGAAGAUCAAAAUUAGAAUCACAACGGAGCAAAUUGUGUGCCGGAAACGGUGAGAGCGUAAUUUUAACCAAUUAACCAUCUCGUAAAAAUUUUCCUGUUCAAUUUGCAGUCGUUUUACGCAAAUGGCGUUUUUAUUUUAUUGCGGAUGAUGCCCACAUGAGCUUUCUGCUUGUGCGUUGGUAAUGGGAAGUGUAAAGUAAAUUUAAAGAGAUAAUAAAACGCCCAUGACUAUUCGAUUGGAUUUUAACUCGCAACCAGGUAGCACUAGCAAACUGAAGGGUGCUCCUCCUUAGUCGUCUUGAGUACUCCAAUAAUUUAGUUGUUCGUUCUUAAUUUAUUGUUACAUAUUUACAAAUUAUACGAUGAAGGUCACGAGAAGGGAUAGAAUUCGUUAUGAGGUGAUUAGAUGUACAUUUUGGGUCGGACCAUUGGGUAGGAAGAUGCAGGAGGUCAGGUUAGGUGAUUUGAACAUGUGCAGAGACAUGAGGAGGAUUAUGUAGGACGGAGGGUGCAAGAAUUGAAUCUGGGUGGGACGAGAGGGCGAGGAAGGCCAAGGAUGAGAUGGAGAGACUGAGUGGAGGCUGAUUUGCGGGUUGCGGGAGAGGGUUUUGAGAUGCGGAGAGGAGAUGGACAGGAGAUUGUGGAGGAGACGGCUGAAGGAGGGAAUUAACGUUCCCAUAUGAGUGGGAAGAGGCUUAGCCACAGAAGGAGAAGGAGAUCUACAAAUCUAUUCAAUAAAAAUAUUCAAGCUAAUACUUAUCACAGCCCGUUCAUUACAAUCAAAAUCUAAUUCUAUAGAAAUAAUGUACCAAUAAUUUAUAAUUUAAUUAGUCAAACCAUGCAUCUUCAAGGUUCUGUAACUAAUCUUAAAUUUAUUAUCAAAAUAUCAGCGCAGUUUUUUCUUUUUUCAGUUUAUGAAGAAAACUAAAGACAAAGUGGAAAAAGAACUCGAGAAAAAAGAAACAGAAGACUUGUUUUCAUCCCAAAUAACGGACGAAAUGAAAUUUGGAAAGAAUUUCAUAAUUGAACCUAGCAUAGCUCGAUGCAAAGAGCUGAUCAAUGGUAGGUUGUCAUUCAACGGAAUGAAUCCAGAAAUUGAACGCGAGAUGUUCGCAGACAAAGAAGGAGCGACCACUAGCAGUGCGCCUCAAACAAAGUCUGCCGAUGUAUCCGAUAUGGAAAUGGCCAAGUACCAAAUGAGUAUCACAAAUACGGUCGCUAAGAAGUUUCAAAAGAAAAAUGAAAGACAUAGUAAGGUAAAUGUCAGACCUAAUAAAAAAGUAAAAUUCUUAAAGCCAAAUGACGAUGAUUAGACUAAUAUUUUAGAUGUAUGGAUAAGUUUUUCAUAAAAUAAAUCAUUUAUGAAUUGUC